UUUGGAGAACCUGGAUUUCUUCUUCUCUCCUCAGAUCUGAAUAGCAGUAUGGUGACAUUGGUGCUUUAUGCUGCUGGUUGCAAAUCUUGUAAUCAGGGUGCCUCUUUAAAACCACAUGUCACAAGAAACUUUAUUCAUGACUGGUGGUUUGGAAUACAGCUGAAUCCUCAAUUUAUGGGAAUUGACCUCAAAUUUUUCUUUAUUAGAGCUGGAAUGAUGGGCUGGCUUCUUAUCAAUCUCUCGGUUCUAGCCAAAAGCAUUGAAGAUGGCAGCUUAAGCCAGUCAAUGAUCCUUUUCCAAGUAUUUUGUAUGUUUUAUGUCCUGGACUACUUUUUUCAUGAGGAGCUCAUGACCUCCACAUGGGACAUUAUUGCAGAGAGGUUGGGCUUCAUGUUGGUGUUUGGAGAUCUAGUGUGGAUUCCUUUCACUUUUGGUAUCCAGGGUUGGUGGCUUUUGAGAAACAAUGUGGAGCUAACAAAAGCUGCUUUGUUUACAAAUUGCUUAAUUUUUCUGAUUGGGUAUCAAGUCUUUAGAGGAGCCAACAAGCAAAAGCAUGUAUUUAAGAAGAAUCCAAAAGCCCCUAUAUGGGGUCAACCUCCAAAAGUUAUUGGGGAAAAAUUGCUUGCUUCUGGUUAUUGGGGAGUCGCAAGGCACUGCAAUUACUUAGGAGACCUGCUGGUAGCUCUAUCCUUUAGUCUACCUUGUGGGAUCAGUUCCCCUGUUCCGUACUUCUACCCUGUCUACCUUCUUAUUCUGCUAAUCUGGAGAGAGAGAAGAGAUGAAGUUCGGUGUGCAGAGAAGUAUAAAGAAGUCUGGGCAGAAUAUUGCAAGCUUGUUCCAUGGAGGAUACUACCCUAUGUUUAUUAGAGAUGCUCAAUGGUCCCAUAUUCAUCAAUCAUCAUCUGUAUCUUGCCUUACCAGGUGCAUUAUAUGCACCUUGUGAUUUUGCUGUCAUCUUACAUUCUUUUGGUGCUUGGAAAAAGAUGCAUGGAUUCUGCCAACCAAAACUUUGUCUUGUUGCCUAACAUCUUGAUACAUUCAGACCCCAUUUAGUUGGGAUGAGGCUGAGUUGUUGUUGUACAUCUUGAUACAUGCAGCAGCAGGGUAGAUGAUCAAAGCAAGUAGGAAUGCUGCAUUAGUUGUAUUUCCUGACAUCACUAAUUCAUUCUGCAAGUUUGAGCCGUCA